AUGGUGUACAUGAGUUUGGACACACUGAUGCUGAAUGACGAUGAUGCAGGAACCAUCACCAAAAGUCUAGCGGACGGUUUGAGAGGCAUAGAGAUGUUAGGACAGAACCAGUCAGAUGAUGUGACAGACCUGAUCAAGAGCAAAGAAGACUGCCUGCCAAAGUGGGAGCAGACAAUGGUUCGGAUAGGUAUUAUCAGUGACCAUGGAGCAGGAGCUAACACCUUCAUCAGUUCUGUCCUGGGUUAUCGUGAGAAGGUGGCCUCCCGUACAGCGGCUGGGUCCACACAAACAGAGUACACCUCAGCUGACACACAACGCCCACAGAACCUCACUGUGGUCAGAUUCCCUGCAGUGUCAUUUGCAAUAGGGAGACCAGAAGACAUCAAGUCCAGGUACAUGAAAUGCCAAGCUGAGAACAUGAAGAGCUGUGAUAUCUUCAUCGUGCUUUGUGGACAAGUUGUAACCACUGAGACCAUCUGGCUAGCAGUCCAGGCACUAGCAAUGGACAAGAAGGUUCUAUUUGCAAAGUCAAAGUUUGACCUAGAAGAUGAGACCAAACCUCCACCAGAGACUUCCAGAGAACAGGGGGUCAAAAAGAGCCUGGCUACUGCAAUUCAGGCUUAG